GUUCAUCAAAGAGCAAUGUCAACCAUUUUUCUCAACGAACAACUCAUGAAAGGACCACCCCGCUUCCGGGAGGCUGACCUGAAGGAUCCACGCCUCCGCCACUGCGCCUUUGAUCCAGAGACUGUCGUUUUCGAGUCUCGAAUUGGGGGUGGAAAAGAUGGAUACGUCUGGAGGGUAAACUUUGGCGGCGAGGGACCAUUCGUCCUGAAGGUUUUUUGGGAUCAAGUACCUCCCAUCAAGGCCGGGGACUAUUAUUCGAUGCAGAGAGAAUGCCAGAAUGCUGCCGUUCUUCAGAUGAUGGAGGCAGCCGUGGCAACAAAGCCAGUUCUUGUAAACGCUCGCCCCGAGACAAGACAGGCCGCCAUGGAGAAUUAUCUAUCAUUUACCGAAGAGAACUGCUCCCCGCGAUAUACUAGGGAUCUUCCCGAGACAGCUGCACGCCCGAGGACCAGGCUUAUCUCAUCAUUACCACGCAUGACCAAAUGCUAUGGCUGGCUGAAGCUGCCCAACGAGGUGUGGAUUGAUCUGCCACCCCAUCUGCAGGCCGAAAACGACGACCCCAGGAAGAUUAGGACGCUUUUUGAAAAUCACAUGGGCUGCGUUGCCGUCAUCUAUGAGCUUGUCGAAGAAGGUGAAAACGAGAUGGAGACUGUGGAAGAUGUUGACACUUUUCUAUGGCACGCUGGUUUUGCCUAUGCGGUCGACCCGCAUCCGAAGAACUGGAAAAGCGGCGUCUUGGUCGAUCACUCCGAAAUUGUUCAUAUCCGCGGGUAUAACUGGAACAUGGGAGAUUACGUCGGAAGAACAGCGGAGCAGAUCCUA